AUAUUCCAAAAAUUAAAUUAAACCGGGUGGAGCCAAAUUAAAUCCCGGUACAAAUUUCUCUCAAGACUCGAGAGAGAGACCUAAUCAGCUGAAGAUGAUGAGAUCGUUUGCGAUUGCGACGGCGGCGGCGAAGAGAUUUGGUCACGGGAGUCUUCCUGAGAAAGGUAAAACUGGAAAUUCUCCUCCUUCGUUUAGCCAUUGCAGUUUGGGUUCUUGUUACUGGAUAGUACGAGCUUUUUCUAGCGUCAGUAAUGGUUACAGAGAGAAACUGAGAAAUGGGGUGAGUGAUAUGAAGUUAGACGAAGCAAUAGGUUUGUUUAGUGAGAUGGUACAGUCUCGUAAACGCGCUUCCAUAUUUGAUUUCAGUAGAUUGUUGAGUGCUAUCGCUAAGAUGAAGAAGUAUGAUGUUGUCAUCUCUCUGGGCGAGCAAAUGCAAAAACUGGGAAUUUCACAUAAUCACUACACUUACAAUAUUCUGAUUAACUGUUUUUGCCGAAGCUCUCAAAUCUCUCUUGCUUUAGCUAUUCUUGGCAAGAUGAUGAAACUGGGAUAUGAGCCCGAUUUCGUCACGCUUGCUUCAAUCCUCAAUGGGUUCUGUCACGGUAAAAAGAUUUCAGAGGCUCUAGCUUUGGUCGAUCAAAUGGUUGAAAUGGGAUAUAAACUUGAUACAUGGAUAUAUAACCCUCUAAUCCAUGGUCUUUUUCGUGACAACAAAGCCUCGGAAGCAGUGGCUUUAGUUGAAAGAAUGGUUGCAAAUGGCUGUCAACCAAAUCUUGUUACUUAUGGUGCGGUUGUGAAUGGAGUAUGUAAGAGAGGUGAUAUUGAUUUGGCUUUAAGUAUUCUCAAGAAGAUGGAAGCUGCGAAAAUAGAGGCCAAUGUUGUUAUCUACAACACAGUCAUUGAUGGUCUUUGCAAAUACAGAGAAGUUGACGAUGCUGUUGAGCUGUUCAAUGAAAUGGAGAACAAAGGAAUCAAACCAGAUGUUUUCACUUAUAACUCACUCAUAAGUUGCCUUUGUAAUUACGGAAGAUGGAGUUAUGCCUCUCGACUACUAAGUGAUAUGAUCCAGAAGAAAAUCAACCCCGAUGUAGUCACUUUUAAUGCAUUGAUCGAUGCAUAUGCGAAAGAGGGGAAGCUUUUAGAGGCUGAAAAAUUGUAUGAGGAGAUGAUUCAAAGGUCAAUAGAUCCUGAUAAUGUCACGUACAGUUCAUUGAUCAAUGGGUUUUGUAUGCAUGAUCGUCUAGAGGAGGCUAAGAAAAUGUUUGAGUUCAUGGUUAGCAAGGACUUUCUCCCAGAUGUAGUGACUUAUAGUACGCUUAUAAAAGGAUUUUGCAAGUGUAAUAGGGUAGAGGACGGUAUGGAGCUCUUCCGUGAGAUGUCUGAAAGAGGGUUGAAUGGCGACGCUGUCACUUACAACACUCUUAUCCAAGGGUUUUUUCAAGCUAGAGAUUGUGAUAAUGCCCAAAAAGUAUACGAAGAGAUGGAAUCUGAUGGUGUGCCUCCCGAUACUAUGACGUACAACAUUUUGUUAGAUGGACUUUGUAACAACGGGAAGCUAGAGAAAGCAAUGGUGGUAUUCCAGGAUCUGCAAAAGAGUGAAAUGGAACUUGAUAUUGUCAGAUAUAAUAUUAUGAUUGAAGGGAUGUGCAAAGCUGGGAAGGUGGAAGAUGGGUGGACUUUGUUUUGUAGCCUCAGCUUUAAAGGAGGGAAGCCUGAUGUUAUAACCUACAAUACUAUGAUCUCAGGAUUUUGUGGAAAAGGCUUAAUGCAAGAAGCAAAUGCCUUGUUCAAAAAAAUGAAAGAAGACAGGAUUCUCCCAGAUGAUUGUACGUAUAAUACGCUGAUCAGGGCACAACUUAGAAAUGGUGACAAAGCUACAUCAGCAGAACUCAUCAAAGAAAUGAGGAGUUGCAGAUUUGCUGGGGAUGCUUCAACAUUUAGUUUGAUCACUGAUAUGUUGUAUGAUGGGAGAUUGGACAAAAGCUUUCUAGACAUGCUUUCUUAAACCAUCCUUGAGGUGAUAUGUUUACACUGAGGAUCUUAUAUCACGAGGCCAGAAGCUUCUUAGAAUAUUCAUGACGUUGCUGGAUAUGGAGGAGCUCAUGAGGUUGACUUCAUGAAACUGGAUUGUAAAGAUCUACCUUUCUCCUAAAGAAAAAGUGGAAGGCUCAAACAAAUGCUCAGCAAAGUGAUGUUCCCAUGGCGCAAACCAUUGUACAUAACUACUUAUGAGCAAUUUGUUGCAUUCUUCACUGAAAUUCACAGUUAAAGUACUGGAACUGGACAGUACUUGUAUGAUCCGCGGCCAGAUCUCCAAGUUCAGGGACCAAAACUCUAAAGGAAAGCUGACUUCAUUGGUUUCUUUCAGUUGUUCGUUGCUACAAGUCCAGAUUUGGAUCUGAAUUAAGUGUGAGAUCAAGGAUUUGUCUGAAAUCUCUGAUGAAACAUGGGGUUGUUAACUUAUAGUUAAAUUAGUGUGAAAUGUGUAAUUUUUGUCUGAUUAUUUAUCUGGUUCGGUUCUGGUGACCAAAAUGGGUUUAUAUUGUUUUCUUUUCAUAUUUACAAUCAGACAUGUUUCUCUCAUGAUUUUUUUU